GGCCGCCCCGCCGAGGCGCGGGGCGCUGCGGGCCCGCUGACCGCGUCCCCCGAGGGCUCCCCGCGGCCAUGGCGCCCGCCUGGCCCUGGCUGCUGCUGUGGCUCGGGGCUCUGCGCGCCCUCCCGGCCCCGCCGCGCAUCCGCCUGCCGCUGCGGGCCGGCGCGGCCCCGCCGUCGGGGCUCCGGCAGCGCCGGGCGCCGCUGGGCGCCGAGCCCGACAGCGCCGGCAGCUUCCUGGAGAUGAUCGACAACCUGCGCGGCAAGUCCGGGCAGGGGUACUACGUGGAGAUGACGGUGGGCAGCCCCCCGCAGAAGCUGAAUAUCCUGGUGGACACAGGGAGCAGUAACUUCGCUGUGGGAGCUGCACCACACCCUUUCCUCCGGAGAUACUACCAGCGGCAGCUGUCCAGCACCUACCGUGACCUGCGGAAGGGAGUGUAUGUGCCCUACACCCAGGGCAAGUGGGAAGGGGAGCUGGGCACUGACCUCGUCACCAUCCCCCACGGCCCCAACGUCACCGUCAGAGCCAACAUCGCUGCCAUCACGGAGUCAGACAAAUUCUUCAUCAACGGCUCCAACUGGGAAGGGAUCCUGGGUCUGGCCUAUGCCGAGAUUGCCCGGCCCGACGACAGCCUGGAGCCCUUCUUUGACUCCCUGGUGAAGCAGACACGGGUGCCCAACAUCUUCUCCCUGCAGCUGUGCGGGACAGGCUUCUCUCCCAACGAGACAGAGGCCGUGGCCUCGGUGGGAGGCAGCAUGAUCAUCGGCGGCAUCGACCGCUCGCUGUACGUGGGUGACAUCUGGUACACCCCCAUCCGCAAGGAGUGGUACUACGAGGUCAUCAUCGUCAAGCUGGAGGUCAACGGGCAGGACCUGAACAUGGACUGCAAGGAGUACAACUACGACAAGAGCAUUGUGGACAGCGGGACCACCAACCUCAGGCUACCAAAGAAGGUGUUUGAGGCUGCAGUGAAAUCCAUCAAAACAGCGUCUUCGACGGAGAAAUUCCCAGACGGCUUCUGGCUGGGGGAGCAGCUGGUUUGCUGGCAGGUCGGCACCACCCCCUGGCACAUCUUCCCGGUCCUGUCCCUCUACCUGAUGGGGGAGGCCACCAACCAGUCCUUCCGGAUCACCAUCCUGCCCCAGCAAUACCUGCGCCCGGUGGAGGACGUGGCCACCUCUCAGGACGACUGCUACAAGUUCGCCAUCUCCCAGUCCUCCACCGGCACCGUCAUGGGCGCCGUGAUCAUGGAGGGUUUCUACGUGGUGUUCGACCGCGCGCGCAAACGCAUCGGCUUCGCCGUCAGCGCCUGCCACGUGCACGACGAGUUCCGCACGGCCGCGGUGGACGGGCCCCACCCGCACUCCAACAUGGAGGACUGCGGCUACAACAUCCCGCAGACGGACGAGUCCACCCUGAUGACCAUCGCCUACGUCAUGGCGGCCAUCUGCGCCCUCUUCAUGCUGCCCCUGUGCCUGAUGGUGUUCCAGUGGCGCUGCUUCCGCUGCCUGCGGCGGGACCACGACGACUUCGCCGACGACAUCUCCUUGCUGAAGUGACGGCCGAGCGCGGGCGCAGCCCCGGCCCGCAGGUGAGGCACAGGGCAGGGCCCUGCCCCGGGGGCUGGAGCGUGGCAGCAGCACGGGCAGCUCAGGCCCGGUGCCCACGGCCGGGGGACCCGGUGUUGUCAGGGCCAGCAGCCCCCAGCCCAGGUGCCAUUCUCUGGGAGCUGCAGCAGGAGAGAGGCAGCCGGCAGUGGGAGAGCUCAGCAAGCCCAUCCUGGGAGCUGGGGGCAGCUUCUCUGCUCCAGCACCAGGACAGGACCAAGCUCUCCCACCCAGCCUUGCCUGGCUUGAUGGAGUGACGCUGAUGAGCCAUCCCCUGCCUGUCCCCCUCCAUCCCUGUGCAUCCUUUCCAGCUCUCCCUGCCGGGAAGCUGCCAGCCCAGGCUCUCUUGCAGGGAGCUGUGCUGCAGCUGUGCCCACCGUGACUCCCUGCGCUGAGCCAGACUCCGGGGAUCAUCCUGGAGCCCUCCAGCCUUGGGCUUUUCAGAGACCAACCCAGACAGGGCUUUCCCUCCUACCCUGCUGCCCCUAUACUGCUCGCUCUCACAUUUCCCCUGCAUUUUCCUGCCUUCCCGAGCUGUGCUGCCGCUGCUGCCAGCCCCAGGACUCCCUGCACCCUCCCGGGACAGGCAGGAGCAGGCACCCAUCCUCUCCUGGGACAGGCAGGAGCAGGCACCCGUCGCUGGGAAACUCCCUGCCCUCGCUUCCAGCAUCAGCAGUGGCUGCCAUGCAGAAGCCAGUGCCAGGAGUGAAGUUCCCAGCCCUGGCACCGGCUGCUCCCCAGCCCACCCAGCCCUUCGAAAGCCAUAGGGGAGCCUGGGCCCCCCCUGCAGCCCCCACCUCACCCCGGCACAUCCCACGGCACCGCAGCUCCUCCCUGCUCACUCCACACGUCCAGGCCUGGCUGGGAGACACCCUGGCAUCCCAGGGACAGGCGGCAACUGUGGGAACUGCAGCAUUUAUUGUUUUUUAAACACAUGGUUGUAUUUAUUUUUUUUUUUUUACAAAGCGUGUCACUGGUAGCGCAGCUGCGCGUUGAGAGCGUGUACAGAGCCGGUCCCACGUGUACAGACCACGGCCGCCUCUCACCUGUACAGUAUAUCCAUAUAUCUCUAUUUUUAAUUCUAGCCCUGAAAGCCACUGUUCCAACAUUAGGGGUCGGUCCUGUUUCGUUUUGGAGUUUUUUAAAAUCUUUUUAGCCUUCUGCUCAGUGCUCGGCCGCUGUGGGCACCACGCAGGGCCGGCGCUGACGCCGCAGCCGCGUGCGUGGUGGGGGCACUGAUGGUGAGGGGGUCCCAGCUGGCUUGAGGAGGGGGUGCAGGGCUGGAGCACACAGAGCAGUGGCUCACAAGCCCAAAGGAGCCUGAGCACAGAAGGCACCUCUGUCCUCAGAGAGGAUUUCGCGGUGUGUGAGGACAACUCCUCCUCCCCGUGCUGCAGGAUCACCGUCCCUUCCCCAGAGCAGACCUUGCAGGCCGUGGUAGUGCUGUAUUCCCUUUGCUUCUCUGCCUCCAGCCCGGAUAGGAAAGAGCUCAGACACAGCCAUUCCACAAUUGAAAGGCAUCGCUCCUCCAUGAACAAAGAGGGGAUACCUGCAGUGCCACCACCGGGGUCAGGCAGGGACAGACAGGACCCACAGCAAUCACCGAGCUUGUUAAUUAAACCCUGCAGCCAGAGGUUUCUCUGGGAAGGCAGCGAGGGAGCCGGGAAGCACAGGCAGAGUAGGAGACCAGCCAGCCCUGGCAUGGGGCACUGCCACAACAGCCCCCACGCUGCCCCUGCUCAGCCCCACCACGCUCACCUCGGCCCCAGCCUCACUCCAAACCCCUUCCAGCCGCUCCCUGCAAGAGGGCAACGCUCUCCCCCCACCCUCGUGCCUGCCCAGGACCCCCAGACCCCAGAGACUCUGUUGUGGACCACUGCCUUAAAACACGCCGGUGCCCGCGGUGGGCUUGGUGCCCGCGGGGGGCUCGGUGCCCGUGGUGGGCUCGGUGCCCGCGGUGGGCUCAGUGCCCGCGGUGGGCUCGGUGCCCGCGGGGGGCUCGGUGCCCGCGGGGGGCUCGGUGCCCGGGGCUCCCCUGCCCGCCCGGGGCAGUGCCCGGUCCUGCCACAGACCGCCAGGAAAGGGGGGAUUUGAGAGAGUCAUUGCAAGAUUUUCAGCAGUGCUGAGCACCUCGCAAUCCCACCGGAAUCCAUGGAGAAAGGGCUGGCGUGUCAGCCCGUGCUUUGGGAGGAAGUACAGGAGAGGGGAGCGCAGGAAUUCUGACAGGUUGGAAUUCUGACAGGUCCGUCCGCGCCCUCCCGGGCCCGGUGACAGCAGGGGAUGGGACAGGACGGGACCGUGGGCUGUCGCUGGAGGCUCCAGUACUCUGUAACCCAGUGUCUAUGUAAGAACAAUGAAUGUUAACACGGUAAAUUAUUAUGACAUUAAAAUAAACGACCACAAAAAA